CAUCCAGCAAUGCCCCUGCAGAGCUGGUCUGGAUCUCCUCACACACUUACUUCAGUAGAGUGUCCUCCCUGCCCUGAGAGUACAGGAGAGGAGGCUCGGCUGGGAUGCUGCUAUAUGUGUAUGUUCUGCAUCUCAGAUGCCGGUUGUGUGUUUUUCUUCCCAUGGUGUUUUAUGUCAUGGGUGGUUACGUGCAUGUUUAAAAUAGGUAUUCAUUGUGCUUGCAUGUAUUGUGGCUGCAUAUAUGGAUUGUUUCUUAUUUUGUGUGAGAGUCGUGGACCACUUAAGAGUGGGGAGGCUGCUUAGCAUGUUAUGACAUUAGUAUGACAUGUGAGUGUGAUGAUGUGGAGCUGCCGGGGGGGGCGUGGCCACCUGGACACCAACGCUGGCACCCCUUUUGACAAAUGUGUGUACUAGUUCCUGGCGCCACUGCUUUAGACCAUGAGGUAACAGUGCAAAUAUUAGGAAAGAAAACAAGGAUUUUGUCCUAAUUACCAGAGGGUUCAAUGGGGGGUUCAUCUGGUGAGGAGGGAGUCUCUUUCUCCAGAUCAACCAGUUAUCAACAGACAACAGCUAAGACUGUUUGUAGCACACACCAGUCUGUCUUUCUGUCUGUCUGUCUGAGUUUGUGUGUGUGUGUGUGUGUGUGUGUGUGUGUGUGUGUGUGUGUGUGUGUGUGUGUGUGUGUGUGUGUGUGUGUGUGUGUGUGUGUGUGUGUGUGUGUGGUGUGUGUGUGUGUGUGUGUGUGUGUGUGUGUGUGUGUGUGUGUGUGUGUGUGUGUGUGUGUGUGUGUGUGUGUGUGUGUGUGUGUGUGUGUGUGUGUGAGAGAGAGAAUGUUUGAUUGCCUUGCUGAAUAAGUAGUGAGAUGUUGUUUGAAUUAACAUUUCAUUUUUGCAUUUACAUCGCCAUUGAAUCCUUAAUUAAACUGCGUUGCUCUAUGUAGGCUAAGCAGCUAUGUUUAUGCAUCUCGUGCAGAGGAUGCAGAAUUCGUCUUCAUACGACAUUUUCUCGCGGAUGAAUGAAUCACCCGCCUGCACUCACAGAGCCAGCGCACCGGCAGAGCGCGUCUUUACGCAUAGCGCGUCAGUGGCUGAGAAACCACGCAUGCCAUAGCGGUUAAGACGCACUUUAGUAUUGAACCGGUGUAAACGAGUCCCCCGCGACAUAUGGAGCUGAUUCUCAUCUAAACAACUUUGAUAGUUGCAGAACAUAUUCCUCGAGGGCGCGGACUCCAAAGCCACUCUGCGUUUGAUCUGGUUUUCCCAGGGCUUUUGGAUUCCGUUUGGAGGGGCUUUCCGAGGUGCUGAAAGAUGAAUCAGAGCGCAGGGGCAGGAGCGGGUCACACACGGCGGUUCUCCGCCGAUGAGAAGGACAUAGACCUUGGACUGGAUAGGAACUGGAAGGGGAUUGGCAUCUCCCUCCUUGUGAUUGUGCUGGUGUUGUCUGUCAUUGGGCUCUCCAUUGUUCUCCUAUCCAAAGAUGAUGGUUCCAAAUCAGUUGGCUCCCAGCUGACCCUUGAUGACCUUUUCAACAGACACUUUCAGGUCCAUGAUCCGGAUGCAAAGUGGAUCAGUGAUGAGGAGUUCAUCUUUCAGAGCUGGGAUGGCAGCGUAUAUAAAGCCAACGCCCAACGCAACCAAACCCAACUCCUCCUGAUGAACACAACUUUUGCUACGUUCAAGGCUUCCAAGUUUGCCCUUUCUCCGGACCUCAACUAUGUUCUCCUCGGUUAUGAUGUACAACAGGUGUUCCAGCACUCCUUCCUGGCGUCGUAUCUGAUCUACAACCUCCACACCAGGGAGGUGCGGGAGUUGAACCCGCCAGAGGUGAGCGACUCUGUCCUGCAGUUUGCAUCCUGGGGAGUGCGAGAACAACAGCUGGUUUACAUAUUUGAAAGCAACAUUUACUACCAAGCGGACGUCCAGAGCAGUUCUUGGAGACUGACGUCCUCUGGACAGGAAGGGGCUGUCUUCAACGGCAUCUCUGAUUGGCUGUAUGAAGAGCAAGUUAUCCACACCCAGGUGGCUCACUGGUGGUCUCCUGAUGGCUCUUGGCUGGCCUACCUCUCCAUCAACGACAGCCUGGUGCCUACCAUGCUGUUGCCCCACUUCACUGAAGGCCGAUACCCCAAGGGGAAGAAGUACCCCUAUCCCAAGAUGGGGCAGAUCAACCCAACUGUCAAACUCUACGUCAUUGCUCUGGACGGAGGGGCUCAGACCGCCCAGCUGCGACCGCCCCACAGUUUUGAGGAAAGAGAGCACUACAUCACCAUGGUGACCUGGCUCACGCGACAGCGAGUGGCCGUGCGCUGGGUAAACCGAGCGCAGAACACGUCCAUCCUGACUCUGUGUGAUGUCAUCACAGCACACUGCAUCAAGAAACACGUGAUGACAUCUGAGAAGUGGAUUGAUCGCCAGAACGAAGAGCCAGUUUUUUCCCAGGAUGGCACGGUGUUCUUCUUCACCCUCCCUCUAAAAAAUAGCGGAGGAGGAGCCUUCAACCACAUCGCCAUGAUAACGAACCAGUCCGAGGAUCAGGAGGUCAACGUUCGUCACCUGACCUCGGGAGGCUGGGAAGUCUCUCAGGUCUUAGCCUUCGACGAGCACACAGACUCACUGUAUUUCCUGAGCACAGAGGAUGGGUCUGCACAAAGACAGCUCUACAGGGUUUCCACUGUGAGUCCGUUUCAGAGGUCCUGCCUAAGCUGCUCUCUCUCCAAAGUCCGGUGCACCCACUUCCAUGCUCGCCUCAGCCCUCGCUGCCAACAUGUCCUGCUGGACUGCCGAGGUCCUGGUAUCCCAAGCACCACUGUUCACCAGCUCUCUGAUAUGACUGGGAACAUCAGUGUGGAGAGCAACGUGGUUUUAGCAGAGGCACUGCAGUGUCGGACUCUGCCCAAGAGGAACAGGAGAAUCGUGCAUAUCAACCACUUUGCACUCCACAUGGAAUUAUCUCUCCCAGCAGCUUUGGAUGAAACAAUACCACACCCACUCUUAUUGAUUCUUAACAGCGCACCUGUCGAGCAGUUGGUGAGCGACCGCUUCCUUCUGGACUGGGACUCGGUGCUGGUGAGCUCGGACAACGUUGUUGUGGCCCGUCUGGACGGGCGGGGCAGUGGCUUCCAGGGCCAGAGGGUCCUCCAUGAGCUGCACCAGCGCCUGGGGACCGUGGACGUCCAGGACCAGAUCGCAGCAGUAGAGUACCUCUUUCAACUGCCCUACAUCGACCGGAACAGAGUAGGAGUCUACGGGAAGGCCUACGGGGGCUUCCUGAGCACGGCACUACUCCUCUACAACCAAUCUCCCUUCAGAUGUGCGGCCUCCGUCUCGCCAGUAAUCAACUGGAGACUUUACGGUUCGUUCUUCACGGAGCGGUACUUUGGCUUCCCAGCUAAAGAGGAAAGCCAAUACCAGAUCUCCAGUCUGCUCUCCAAUAUCACAACACCAAACCACAACAUGCUGCUCAUCCUCCACCCAACCGCAGAUGCGACUGUUCACUUCCAGCAUUCUGCAGAGCUGGUGAAGCUGAUGUCUUCUGCCAACCUGAACUACACACUGCAGAUCUUUCCGGAUGAAGACCAUGUGAUCGCAUCGGAUGCGGGCCGGCGCUACAUGGUCAGCUCACUGAUGAGCUUCUUCAGGAAGUGCUUCGAGGAGGGAGAGGGAUUUCCCGCCCAGCUGAAAAACUAGGAGGAAGGCUAAUUGUAAUAUUGAGAUCCUCCUUGUGGUGGUAAAGUUCUGGCUUGCUGGAGUCCGCCAAUAAAAUAUGAGUAAAAAAAACAUAGGCUGGAGAGUAGAGGAAAACAAAUAUGUUUGCGUCAUUAGGUUUGAGGUCAAAGGAUGUGUUGAUAUCAUGAUUUCCCUGUGUAGGAAUUAGUGAAUCAGGGAUUAGCGACACAGAAUUGGCGCAUGUACACGGUCGUGCUGGUUUGCAGAAGAAAAUGAAAUAAUAUUUAUAGUUAAUAUAUUAUAGUAUAACUUAUUCAAGCAAUAUCACAUGAGAGGGAGCAAUGUUGUCGCUCUAUUUCAGCGUUGCUGUGAUUCGGCCGUAGGUACGAUGCCGCAGGCCGAGUGCCAGACGCGCCGGAGGCAAUCACAGCAGCGCUUAUAUAGAGCGACAACAUUGCAAGCUUGAGUGUGAUAUUGCUUUUACACAACAGUUAUACUAUUAAAAUGUACUGUUAACAAUAAUAAUUGACAAUAGAUUGUGAUUUUUUUGUUUAUUUAAUCAUAUAAACGAAUGAAAUUGCUUCAGCCAACAAAAAUAGAUCCCCACUGAGCGGACUGUUGCCAAGCAACAUAUAAACAAAACACCAAGCAGUUUAAAGCCCACACCGUUUGCCUUACGGUGUUGGCUUCAUUUUUGCUCCUCUCCAACCUGUCAAGCUCAGACGCUGACAUCAGGGCACAUCUGGAGUCUCGAUUGUGCAUCAAAUCAAAUGUUAUAUUUGGGAAUAUAUCCAUCUUUAGGCUGCGGCGCUAAACUGCUUCAGGUUCGGUCCAAGGUAACAGUUUAUGUCAGUUAAAGUAAGUUGGUUACAGCUGGAAUGUGGAGUGAUUUUGACUGUUGGUUUACAGUUCGGGGAACAGUCCGAGUGAUUUUGGAAGCUCAUAUCAGCGCUCCUGCAGAGCUCAUUGGAUGUCUCUUGUCCAAUCAAAUUACUCGCUCAGAACCACUGUUGUAUAAUAGAUUAUAUCUUAGAUUAGUCUUCUAGGUUAGGGAGUUUCAACCUGAUCUCACAGGAAUCCAUGAAAUGACCACGGACGCCUAACUCGUAGAAUCCUCAUGGAAACGUGCCAAUUUUCGUGAUAUGGCCACGGAUUUUGCUCCAAUGCAAGUUGAUGACACUCAUAUUCCGUGGCACACAUAGCCUACUGUGAAUAUUCAUUGAAACAGAUCCCUGUUUCAAUGAACGAGUCGACCACGGGCGCUUACCUCAAAAUCCGUGGUGGCCUCACGGGAUCACUUAAAUUGUCCGUGAUAUGCCAACGGAAUUGCUCCAAUGCAAGUUAAUGAAACUCAUAUUCCGUGGCACACACACACAGAUCCCCAUCUCAACGACCGAGUCGAUGCGUGCGAGAAUAGGGAUAUAGUGCCAUACCGUCAUUAUGAAUUUCAUUCAUUUCCGAGAGGAUGGUCAAUGGUCAGAUACAGAUCUCGUUAUAAUAUAUAAUUUAUAUCGAUGUAACGAGAAAGGAUGUAAUGAUAACGCCAAGAAAAUAAAGGCUACAUGGUUAUAAUCAUUUAAAUAUAAUUAACUUAUAAAGCGUAUAACGAGACAACGAGGCAAUCUAGUUUUGGGCCAGCAGAGGCUGCUGGCCCAAACCUUAUAACCUUAUACAUGUAGCCUAUUAGUCUAACUCUAUAUGUCAAAUGUAUGAUAUGCUGUAGGCCUACGUAUAGGCUAGUUUUUUAUAGUAUAAAUAUUUAAAUAUUGUCAUACCUGAACCACAUUCCCCAUAGAAAAAGUACACUGUGUUACUUGGUGUUACAACCCUCUUCGUUGAUUGGAUUGGUGUAAGCGGAUUUUCAAUGGGCAGAUACAGAUCUUGUUAUAACGAUAAUAGCUACACGGUCUUCUACUAAUUAAUUCAAUAUUAAACCAAUGCAUUUCAAUCGGGAGAUUAUUUUCGAAGGGAGGGCGGGCUGUGCAGGAUUUGUCAAAACAACAAUCCGAUGGUGGUUGCCAUC